CGAUCAAGAGCUCACAGCCGUCCGAUCCCCAAAAACAGCAGAUCGUCGUCAGGGCGCGUUUCAAAAUUUGAAGAUAAUCUAUCCUAUUCCUCAAGUCAUACUCGACCGUUGCGGAGGGUUCUUGUUCUGCUUUCCAUUUCGAGCUCCGAGCCCGUGAGCAAACCUCGAGCCCGGGAAGAGGCGAACUCGUUUCGUCAUCGAUGGAUUCUGUCUCUCGCUAUUAGCCGCUGCACCUUCGAGGCUGAAGAUCGGAAGCCAUCGCUCACAUCGCACGUCCCCGCACGCAGGCAGGUCGUCGCGAAGAUGACGGCGAGGAGACGCCACGGCUGGAAACGUCCUCUCCAUCCGCUUCAGAUAGUUGGGAUGGCGGUGUUCAGUUUCCUAGUUGUGGCCUUCUACGUUUUCCUGGGACUGUUGCUUGGGAGCAGAGCUGCUGAAAUCACUGUGACAACAAUGUUCUCUUUUGUGGUGUUCUCGGCGAUGUUUCUGUUUGUCUGGUGUACUGCGAUUGAUCCGACGGAUAAAACCAGUUAUAGAAAGAAGAAAAGAGGCAAAUCUAAGGGCUUGCUUAAGCUAAAUUAUGGUUUUGUUUUGGCCCAGAUCGUUAGUAGAUUCCUUAGGAGGUUGGAGAGGAAGAUUCUGCGGAAAAUCAUAAGAAGAAAGUACCUGGACCCGGUGAACACUAGCUCGCACUUAGAGCCCCUGCUUCCAUUUCCCCUAGUGAUGAAGGAUGAUGCCAUUGCACCAGAUCUUAAAGCAGAUGACAUUACUUUCUGCAGCCUUUGUGACCUUGAGGUAAAGAAGCACAGCAAGCACUGCAGGACUUGCAACAGGUGUGUAGAAGGGUUUGAUCAUCACUGCAGGUGGUUGAACAAUUGCAUUGGGAAAAGGAACUACACUAUAUUCAUUCUUCUCAUGGCUUCUGUCUUAUUGAUGUUAAUUAUAGAAGGAGGAACUGCUGUUGCAAUAUUCGUCAGAUGCUUUGUGGAUAAGGAAGGAAUAGAACAUGAGUCGAGGAGGCGCCUCUACAUAAAAUUUCCUAUGGGAGUUCUUGCCACAAUUGCUGUUUUGUUGGGCUUACUAACAGCUUAUAGCUCAGCAGCGCUAGGACAACUUUUCUUCUUUCACAUGGUGCUCAUUCGGAAGGGAAUGAGAACUUAUGAUUACAUACUGGCUAUGAGAGAGAACCAAACUGUAGGAUUUGAUGUAUUUGAGGAUUCGGACUCAGAUGACAGUACCGACUACGAUUCACCUGAAAAGUCAACUUUCAUGUCCCGGUUCAUUUGCAGCGGACAUGGAGGAGAUCAGAAUCCAACGAGAUUGUCCAUAAGGAUUGAUGAAGAUCCCAGAUCUUCUCCUUUAACCAAGAAACAAGGCUUCAAUGUAAGUAUUAACCCAUGGAAGCUGAUAAAGUUAAGCACAGACAAAGCUCUUUUAGCAGCAGAUAAGGCCAGAGAGAGGCUCUUGAGACAGAAGGCGACAGUAGAAGGUGAAUUACAACCAUUGCCACUGGAGAAAAAACGAGGGCCUCUAAUAAACACAGACAAGAACAUGGCAACUGUGCUCACAGGCUUAACGCCCCUCGUUGCCAAAGGCGUGCAUCCAGUAUCACCCGGGAGGUUUUCAAGUCCAAGAAGACGAUUUUCUGGCUCUGCCACCAUGUUCUCAGGCGUCGUGGCAUCACCAAAGCAAAAGUACAGAAGCAAUUUUGACCUGAAGUUGACAGAGGUCUCCAAAGAGCUCGAAACCUAUAUAUCGAGGCAGGUUUUAAGUCCUGUCAUGCAAAAAGAUGGGAGCGAAGCAUCUCCAGCACAUAUUUAGUGCUAGAAAUUCGAACUCUCGGCCUCACAGACAAAAAAAAAAAUUCUUUGAUUGAUCUCUCUCUGCCUUUCUAAUGUGUAUUUCAGAACUGAGAGUUUACCUCCUGCCUCUUCUGUAUCCUCUUUUUUUGUUUUUUUUUUUAACCAUCUGGUAGUUAACGGCUUUCAGCUAAGAUUCGAAAA